AUGGCCGACCGCAACACGGCCGACCAGAACACGGCCGCCGCCGCUGCCCCCGCGGCCGAGCCCAACAUGUCCGAGAAGCGCGAGCACCCCAGCGACAGCGGGAGCAGGACGCCGUCGUCUGUCGACAGCAGCCGCGCCGUCAACGAGAAGCCCAAACCCAACGGGUUCCUCGCGCGCAUGGGCGACCUGCCGGAAUGGGGCUUCCGCGGCAAGCGGCUCCAGGGCCGGUUGCUCAACUGGUCCAUCGGCUUCAUCGCAUCCUGCGGCUUCCUCAUGUUCGGAUACGACCAGGGUGUUCUCGGCUCGCUGCUGACCCUCGACGACUUCCAGAGAAGCAUCCCCCUCAUGACGCCGCUGGAGCAGUCCAACUCGCUCUGCUGGCUCGACUUCCCCGAGAACACCCAGAGAGACUACAGCCAGUGCACCGGCGACCCCAACACGCAGGCCGCCGCCGUGGCCGUCUACCAGAUCGGCUGCUUCCUGGGCGCCGUGCUCAUCCUCUUCUACGGAGAGACCUGGGGGCGCAAGUCGUCCACCUUCUGGGGCAGCGCCAUCAUGAUCUUCGGAACCAUCCUGCAGGCCUCGGCGCACGAGUACGGCCUCUUCUCUGCGGGCCGCGUUGUCGGUGGUAUCGGGAACGGCAUGGUCACGUCCACUAUUCCCACAUGGCAGUCUGAGUGUGCACGCCCGCACCAGCGAGGUUUCCUCAUCACCCUCUCCGGUGCUUUGAUCAGCUGCGGUAUCGCAAUUGCCUACUGGGUCGAUUACGGCUUCUACUUCCUCGAGGGAUCGAUCCGCUGGCGUUUCCCCGUCUCGUUCCAGUCCUUCUUCACCAUCAUCGUCAUGAUCGGUCUGCUCUACCUCCCCGACUCGCCCCGUUGGUUGGCCAUGAAGGGCCGCAUGGACGAGGCCCGCGAAGUGACGUCUCGUCUCCUCGGCAAGCCCAUCGACCACGAGGACGUCACCAUCGAGGUCAAGGCCAUCCAGGAGGCUCUCGAGGCCCAGAGCCAAGGAGGAAGCUUCAAGUUCAAGGAGCUCCUGACCAACGGCCCCUCGCAGAACCUGAGACGCACUCUUCUCGGCAUUGCUGCGCAAUUUUUCCAGCAGAUCUGCGGUAUCAACCUCAUCACGUACUACAGCGGAUUCCUGUUCGAGAACUCCCUCGGUUUCGGACCCGAGCUGUCUCGACUCCUGGCCGCGUUCAACGGCACGGAGUACUUCCUGGCUUCGCUCGUCGCCCUUCCCCUGAUCGAGAGGACCGGACGGCGCAAGCUCAUGCUGUUCGGAGCAUUCGGCAUGAUGGCCUCCAUGGCCAUCCUGGCCGGAACCGUGUCCACCGGCACCGUCGACGAGACCGGUGCCCCCAAGCUCGAGACCAAGUACGGAGUCACCGCCACCGUCUUCCUCUUCGUCUUCAACUCCUUCUUCGCCAUCGGAUGGCUCGGCAUGACCUGGCUCUACCCCGCCGAGAUCACCAACCUCCGCAUCCGCAUCCAGGCCAACGCCCUCUCCACCUGCUCCAACUGGCUGUCCAACUUCCUCAUCGUCAUGAUCACGCCCCCGGCCUUCGCCAACCUGGGCUACAAGACGUACGUCAUGUUCGCCGUCUUCAACGCCGCCAUCAUCCCCUGCGUCUACCUCUUCUUCCCGGAGCCCAAGGGCCGCAGCCUCGAGGAGCUCGACAUCAUCUUUGCCAGCGCCCACGCCGACAAGGUCAAUCCCGUCAAACGCGCCAAGGAGAUGCGCAAGGUCGAGGGCAGGGAGCUCGAGAACGAGCUGGAGAAGUAUUUCGGGUCCAGCGAGAUGGUCGAGGACGCUCGCCCCAUGAUGCAAUGA